AUACUACGCACACUCAUACAAUAUGGUACAUCUUGGCCCUAAACCUCCACAACACAGAAAGGGAACUUGGACUGACGUCCCAGCCUCAUUCAUCUCCGAACUUCAUGCGCUUGAAGAGUCGUUGACCCUUCCAGUGGAAACUCUUCACAAAAUUACCGACAAAUUUAUUUCUGAACUCGACAAGGGGUUGUCCAAGGCUGGUGGUAACAUCCCUAUGAUCCCUGGUUGGGUCCUUGACUUCCCUACUGGUAAGGAAUCCGGUGAUUACCUUGCCAUUGAUUUGGGUGGAACAAACUUGAGAGUUGUUUUGGUCAAAUUGGGAGGUAACUCUGAUUUUGACACCACUCAAUCCAAGUACGCCUUGCCUAGCGACAUCAGAACCGCCAAGUCUGAAGCCUUGUGGGAUUUCAUUGCUGAAUGUUUGAAAAAAUUCGUCGAUGAAGAAUUCCCAGAAGGUGUCACUGAACCACUCCCAUUAGGGUUCACCUUUUCCUUCCCAGCCCUGCAAGACGCCAUCAACGAAGGUUUCUUGCAAAGAUGGACCAAGGGUUUUGACAUUGAAGGUGUUGAAGGAAAUGACGUUGUCCCAAUGUUGCAAGCUGCCGUGGAAAGACAAAAUGUUCCAAUUAACAUUGUUGCCUUGAUCAAUGAUACCACCGGUACUCUUGUUGCCUCCAUGUACACCGACCCUGAAGCUAAGAUGGGUCUUAUCUUUGGUACUGGUUGUAAUGGUGCUUACUACGACGUUUGUGGUGACAUUCCUAAGUUGGAAGGAAAGCUUCCAGCUGAUGUUUCUGCUGAUACUCCAAUGGCCAUCAAUUGUGAAUAUGGUUCCUUUGAUAAUGAACAUGAAGUGUUACCUCGUACCAAGUACGAUAUCCAAAUCGAUGCUGAAUCUCCAAGACCAGGUCAACAAGCUUUUGAAAAGAUGAUCUCUGGUUAUUACUUGGGUGAAGUUUUGAGAUUAAUCUUGUUGGAACUUUCCAAGGAAAAGAAAUUGUUCUUCCAAGGUCAAGAUUUGUCUAAAUUGGAACAAAGUUUCAUUAUGGAUACCUCUUUCCCUGCUAGAAUUGAAGAAGAUCCAUUUGAAAACUUGUCUGACACUCAAGAAUUAUUCCAAAGUGUCUUGAAUCUUUCCACCACCGCUGGUGAAAGAAAGGUUAUCCGUCGUCUUGCCGAAUUGAUUGGUGACAGAUCUGCCAGAUUAUCCUGUUGUGGUAUUGCUGCCAUCUGUAAGAAGAGAGGUUACACGUCUGGUCACUGUGCUGCUGACGGUUCUGUCUACAACAGAUACCCUGGUUUCAAGGAAAGAGCUGCUCAAGGUUUGAGAGAACUUUUCGGUUGGGGUCCUGAAAUCAAGGAAGACCCAAUUAUCAUUGUUCCUGCUGAAGAUGGGUCUGGUGUUGGUGCUGCCAUUAUUGCUGCUUUAACUGAAAAGAGAUUAAAGAAUGGAUUAUCUGUUGGUGUUAAGAAAUGAUUAUGACUUGUAUAGAAAUGAAUUAGAAAUAUUUACAC